AGAAGUUUCUUUUUAAGCAUCGAAGAAGAAAAUAGAAUCGCUCUCUGUUUCUCCUCAUUCUUCCCUGAAAGCUCCAAUGGAGAUUAAGCACAAAGGUAAAAUACACCCAUCGCCGUCGUCCUCACCGCCGUCAUCUUCCUCCUCAGUCUUCAAGCUUCUUCCCACCGCCAUUUUGGCCCUAGUUUCACUCCUCUCUCUCGACGACCGCGAAGUCCUGGCUUACAUGAUCGCCAGGUCCAUCCAAUCCUCCGCAUUCACUUCCACUCGCGUUUCUAGGAAGAAAUCCACUAGAAAAGCUUCAAUCAAUGGCGGAAACGGUAAUGUUACUACUACUACUACUACUACUACUUAUCACAAAACUCCUAUGUUUAGUUGCGAUUGCUUCUACUGCUACACUGCCUACUGGUGCCGCUGGGACUCCUCUCCUAAUCGCGAACUAAUCCACCAAGCGAUCGAGGCGUUUGAAGAUCACUUGACGAACGGCGAGAAGCCGAAGAAGAACAAUGGCAGAGGCAAGAGAAGAGAUAGAAUCGGCCGCCAAGAAACUGGUAAGACUCUGCCUGUUAUUCAAUGUCCGCCGCCGGUUGCCGAUGAGUGCGUCGACGUUCCGUUAUUGACGGAGCGUGGACCCACGGUGGAAGCGGAAGGAAGUCCGGUGAAGGAAGUCGAAGAGAGCGGUCCGGUGGAGGAGGUAGGCGGCGGCGGGGACCAUGAGAAGGGUUUGGGGACGAAGGUACUGCCGGACGUGUUGGGGUUUUUAAAUUCGCGUUUGUGGAGUCUGUGGAGUCCGAAUCUUUAAAUUAUUCUUAUUGAAUUUCAAAAUUUUCCGCGUCCCAAAAAUUAUUAUAAUUAAAC